AUGAACAAUUCUUCAGUGAACUUCACCUCGCCUGAAUCUUCCACAAACUCCACAACUCAGUUCAUCGGGCUAGGAGAAAGUCUGGAAAUCUGUAUGCACUGCAUCAAUUUCCUGGUUGGUCUUCCUACACACUCCUACAUUGCAUGGCUCAUCAUCACAGGAACAGGAAGUGGAGUUGCAUCAGAGUUCUUCAUCCUCAAUCUCUCUGUUUGUGAGAUUGUCAACUGUCUGAAUAGUUUGUCUUGUAUACUUGUUAAAUUUAUUUGGUUUUCAUACCUCACAAUAUUAACAGAGUUUUUGAUAGGACUUGUCGUCACUGGUCGUCCUCUGUUUCAGUGUCUGAUCUGUGUUGAGCGUUACCUGGCAGUGGUUCAUCCUGUAACCUUUCUGAAAUUCAAAACUCUAAGAAAAAGAGUGAUCUGCUGCACUGUGGUCUGGAUAAUCACUCUUGGCUCCUGUUUCUACUGCAUGUGUCCUAAAGUCUCAGAUUAUAUUUCUGAAGUGUUCUUCUCACUGCAGUUCCUUCUCUUCCUCUCCAUCCAGUUGUUUUGCCUUGUGGCUGUUCUCAGAGCUCUGAAGCAGACAGGACCAGGAGAGAGAGGGAGAGAGAGAGGGGAGGAAAACCCCAUGAAGAGAAGAGCAUUUCGUCUUAUUUCAAUAACUAUUGUGAGCAUUAUUAUUAUUUAUGCUCCGUUUACUAUCUCAGGAUUCUCUUUAAUUCUGACACAACAUUAUAUUCAGGAACUUUUUUCUUUUGGCCUUUUUUGUAACGUGCUGGCAUGUUUUGUUCAGCCUGUUCUUUAUCUGAACCGGGUUGGAAAAUUUUCCUGGUUGGAAGUUCUUCUAAACAGAAUAAACAUGAUUCAUUAG